AAAGGAAUCGCUGAGCUCAUUCGCACCAGUCCCGUAAUUGUUAAGGCUCUGGCAGCGCGAAUUUUCACCGAUGCUGAACUCAGCGAUGGGGCAACAUCGCAGGCUGCCACAAUUUUAAUAACAUUAACACCGGAAACGAUAUACAAAGGGGCAUCGCUUCUUAAAAUGGCCAAUGGAGCUGCCGCUGCUGAUGGUGGCAUGUUGGCAGCUGACGGUGGCGCCUCUGGCAUCGGAUCACGACGCAGCAGUUUCAGCGGCUUCGGUGGCUCCAGCGGUUGGAGUGGCAGCGGUGCAGCAGAGUCUGCCUAUCGAUACGAAGGGCAACUGAAUGCCACACUGCAGCCAUUGCAAUGCUUCGAUGCUAAUAUGCUGAAAAUGCUGCCCACGGAAUUAAUUGCUUUUGGCAAAUUGCUGCCCGCUUUCCUUUCUGGCACUGGCAGCAUCGAUGUGACCUCCAGACAGAUGGAACGACCAUCGCUUAGCGUAUCCUUAGGCAAUGACGCUGAUGCGGCCACUGACAAGGAUAUUCUCCACAUCAGCGUCAAUGGACUGCAUCGUUGGACGCCCCAAUUCGAGAAUCAUAUCUGGAAGCAUUUGGGCUGGGACGAUUGGAGUGACUUUACGUUGUGCAGCGUCACCUGUGGCAAAGGUGUGCAACAGCGUUUCCGGCGCUGUCUGCUGGACAAUCCACUAGUGGACAUGAAUAUGAAUCUGAAUCUGAGUCUGGACGAUGAUGACGAUGACGAUGACGACGAAGAGGAGGAUAUAGAGGUUUUGGAGGAAGUGGAGAAAGUGGAGAAAGUGGAGGCUGAAGAAGAGGAGGAAAGGCAACAGGAGGCAGAUGUGGAGCAGGCUGAAGUGGUUGCUGACGAGGCAAAUAAUGAUGUCAGCAGUGGUGCAACAGCAGCAACGGCAGUCACAUUCAAUGCUGAUAAUAAUGAAGUGCUCAGCAAUGAGCAAAAUGAAAAGAAGAAGGAUGAGGAGGCAUUGCUGAUGAUGCAACCAGCUGAUGUCCUUCGCAAGCCGUUGAACAAACUGCUGCAUAAAUUCACGCAGACAGCAACACUAACAACAACAUCAUUAUCAUUAUCCUCAUCCGUAUCCUCAUCGACGCAUGCAACGGUUGGUCUAACAAGCGAUGGUAAUGAACCAACGAGCACCGUCAACGGCACAGGUGUCAGUUUUUUACCAUCUGCACGUAAUGGUCAUCGCAGGACACGUGCAUAUAAUCAGCACAAAAAGAAACGCAAAUCUGCCAAGAGUGUGGCUCUAUCGACGCUCCUCUGUGAGGGAUAUAACAUCGAGCAGCGCAACUGCAACAGCUUUGAGUGCAACGAUGAUAUCAGCGAUUUGCUCAAGUUCUACAAGAAGCUACCGAUUUCGGCUGCCGAGGACUCGCCAGCGAGUGUGGCCAUCAAUGACAGCGUUUCCAGUUUCGGAAUGGGUUCACCAACUGUGGAGAUUGCAGAUUUAACAACAGCAAUGUCCAUGAGCGUGCCAUCCUCAUCGACGCCCUCGAACAUGGGCUACAUUCGCAACUGGAGGAAUAAUCUAAAUUUCACUCUGAUGAUCACCUUGAGAGCAAAGAAUGAUACGAAAAAUACAUCGACAAUUUUCUCAAUACGGAACGUCACACACAAUCUGUAUCUGGAGGCGUGCAAGGAUGGACUUCGUUUAUACCUGGAACGCGACAAUACAACGGAAAUGUUGCCCGUGAAAUUCAAUUUAUAUGAUUAUCGCUGGCAUCAAGUAGCCAUCAGCAUACAAAAUGGCGAUUUCAUAUCGAUUUACGUCGAUUGCUCGUGGACAAACAGUUUUGUUGUCUCGAAGCGGCUGUUUACGCUGCCUCUGGAUGCGGAUGUGGAAAUUGGACGCGGCUUUAAUGGUGAACUGCAGCAAUUGCUGGUGCUGCCGGAACAUCAGGAGCGGCUGCAGUGCAGCAACAAAAGGACAUCGAUCAAUGAGGUGAAGCGCUAUAUUAUCGACACAUUCAUAGAGGAUUAUGGCAACAAUUGAAGCGCAUUUAAAUAUGCAAUGCAAAUAACAAACAAAGCCAAACCAAAUCAAACCGUAUUGGAAUCCAAAUAGAAAACAAUAACACGAGCCAAAUCAAAUGAAAAUCAUAUACUACAUUUGUGUUUGUAUUAGGCAUUUGUUGGGCAAAUAUCAAUGCGGUAACGAGAAUGCAAAUAUGGCAACACUUCGGUAUAUGGAAUAUUUACAUAUAAAAUAUAUAUAUACAUAUAAUUAAAUAUAUAUACAUUACAUAUAAUGUGAUUGAUGUUUCCUAGCAGUGCAUUCAAGUAUUGUAAAUUACACACAACAUUAUGAGUACUCACUUUGCAUAUGAAUAUAAUUAUGAAUACAUUGAACACAUGUAUGUGAAUGCGUAACGUAUUUGUAAUAAUUAAGCUAAUUUGACAUAAAACAAUAAAUUUAAUGAAAAAAAAAAAAUAAAUGAAAAAAAUUAAAGUACUUUCAGUAAUUAAAGUAAAUUGCAUUAAAAAGUGUGCAAACGUAAUAUGAAUAUGAGAUAAGAUUUAACUGAACAAAUACUAAAUCAAUAAAUAAAUUAGUUAUGCAUAAGUGUAAAAA